UCUGGAGGAAGCCGGAGCAACUCUGCGAAAAAAGUUCCUUAAGGGGUUUCUCCCCCCAUUCCCUCCUUUUUAAAGAAUAACUCAGAACCUCAGCUGGAUAGACAGGGUGCUCCUGAACGCUACAGAAGAGACAAGAAACCACAUGCUGAAUGAGAGAGACCUCUCCUUGGCACCGAGCACAGGAAGAUUUUUGGAAUUGUUUCUGGGGAACUGUGCAUUUUGGAAUUGGAUUGAUUCUUGCCACAUUCCUCAGCUUCUCUAGUCAUGGUAAAGCAUUUGUCGAUUCUUGAAAGUUGUUGAAUUUUGAAAACACCCAUCCAUGCCUCCAGACAACCAACGGGACCGGGAGUACUUCCGAAAUGAAUUUUCUGAACCUCUGUGAAGAUGCCCUUUUCACAAGGAAGUGAAAAUUAACAUUUUUAAACAAACAAACAAACAAACUUGGGUUUCAGUAACCCACCUCCCCGGAAUCUGGCUUGACUCACUUUUUCUUUUUUCAAAUCUUUGGGAAGACCACCAUGAGGAAGCUGCUGUCUUUCUUCUGUUGGUAUUCGUGGAUGCUUUUUUUGUUCUUGGAAGAGCAGGUAUCUGGAAAUUAUCCUCCAGCACAGGGACAUCCAGGGUUCGAGGUGUUAGCAUCCGCUUCUCAUUAUUGGCCACUGGACACCGUGGAUGGAAUUCAUGAAUUUCAGGAUACAACAAGAGACAUCGUAGAAGGAAAAGUCAAUAAAGGCAUUUACCUCCGAGAGAAGAGAGGAGUGACGUUACUGUAUUACAAAGCCUCUUGCAUUAGCAACCCAACGCGGUGCGAUCCUGAAGGAGUCACGUUUUCAUUUUUCUGGAAGAUCCAGGGAGAGCAGCCCAGGACAGCCCUCCCAGGCUAUGGAGGGCAGGUUAUUUCCAGUGGAUUCAAGGUCUGCUCCAGUGAAGGAAGAGGCUCUGUGGAAUUUUACACCCGUGAGAAUUCCAUGAAGUGGGAGGCCAGCUUCAGUCCACCAGGUCCCUAUUGGACUCAUGUCUUAUUCACAUGGAAAUCCAAGGAGGGCCUGAAAGUCUAUGUCAACGGGACCCUGAACACCACAGACCCAAGUGGGAAAGUAUCUCAUACCUAUGGGGAGCCUAAUGUCAACCUGGUGAUUGGCUCUGACAGAGACCGGCCUAAGAACUAUGAGAAUGGUGCUUUUGAUGAGUUCAUUAUCUGGGAGCGAGCCCUGACACCCAGCGAAAUCAGGAUGUAUUUUACAGCUGCCAUCGGAAAGCAAGUAUUUCUUUCUACCACGCCUCCUACUGCUGCAACCAACAUGAAGGUCUCCACUGAUGUCUAUUGUCCCAUUAUAACCAACCUGAAUGAGCAAAGAAGCAAUUUUGAACACGAAGGGAUCAUGCUGAGCUACCUUCAGAACAUGUCAGUUAGCUUACCCAAUGAAUCUCUGUCGAAGGACACUGCCUUCAAUUUCACUGAGGCUUUCCUAGAAACCGUGGGAGAGAUGCUUCAUUUCCCAAGUUGGACAGACAUACAUGAGACACCUUCUAUUGGGGUGGGUUUGAUUGACACUGUGGACAAAGUUCUGUGGCACAUCGCUCACAAUCUGCAGACGUACAGAAUGGCUGUUACCAUCCAGGGCUCAUCAAAAGUAGCAGAGUAUUCGUUGGCCAAAGUGCCCCCAGAGACGAUGACAUCCCAUCACUACCGCUUUCCCACCCAGGGACAGAGCUACAUUGAAAUUCCUCGGGAGGCCUUCCAUAGCAAAGCUUGGACGACCAUUGUUGGCCUCCUCUACCACACAAUGCACCUUUGUUUCAGCAACAUCCAGCCUGCUGACACGAAGAUUACUGAGGCAGCCAACUACAAAAAGCACUUGAUACUAGCUACCAGUUACCUUAUUUCUCUGAAGGUAGAACCACCACCGGUGCUGUCCCAGAACUUGUCAGGAUCACCUCUGAUCACCAUCCGGCUCACACACACCCUGAGUCGGGAGCUAUACAAUGAUGUAACAAAUAAAAGCCACCAGAUUUUCCUUUACUGUGCAUUUUUGGACUUCAGCUCUGGAGAAGGCAUCUGGUCAAACGAAGGCUGUGUCCUCACAGAAGGAAACCUCAACUACUCCAUCUGCCGCUGUAAUCACCUCACCAACUUUGCUAUUCUGAUGCAAGUGGUACCUCUGGAGCUGACCAAAGGACACCAGGUGGCGCUCUCAUCCAUCAGUUAUGUUGGCUGCUCCCUCUCCAUCUUCUGCCUGACCAUCACCCUGGUCACGUUCGCUAUGCUGUCCUCAGUCAGUACCAUCCGAAACCAGCGCUACCAUAUCCAUGCCAACUUGUCCUUUGCCAUUCUGGUGGCCCAGAUCUUACUUCUCAUCAGUUUCCGAUUUGAGCCAGGAACAAUUCCUUGCAAGGUCUUAGCAGUGCUGCUGCACUUCUUCUUCCUGAGUGCCUUUGCUUGGAUGCUGGUGGAAGGCUUGCAUCUUUACAGCAUGGUGAUCAAGGUGUUCGGCUCGGAAGAGAGCAAGCAUCUCUACUACUACAUCAUUGGUUGGGGUUCUCCACUUGCGAUCUGCAUCAUUUCUGUGUCUUCCAGCAUGGACAACUAUGGAGAAAUUCACAAUUGCUGGUUGUCCUUGGGGAAUGGAGCCAUAUGGGCCUUUGUGGCCCCAGCCCUGCUUGUCAUCAUGGUCAACAUUGGCAUUCUCAUCGCUGUGACCAGAGUCAUCUCCAGGAUCAGUGCAGAGAACUACAAGGUCCACGGAGAGGCGAAUGGUUUUAAGCUGACGGCCAAAGCAGUAGCAGUCCUCCUGCCCAUCCUGGGGAGUUCCUGGAUUUUUGGUGUGCUUGCUGUGAAUAACCAUGCCAUCGUGUUCCAGUAUAUGUUUGCAGUGUUUAACUCUUUACAAGGAUUUUUCAUCUUCCUUUUUCACUGUCUCCUGAAUUCUGAGGUGAGAGCUGCCUUUAAGCAUAAAACCAAGGUCUGGUCCCUCACCAGCAGCUCCAUUCGCAACAUCAACGUGAAGCCCUUCAACUCCGACAUUAUGAAUGGAACCCGUCCGGGAACAACUCCCACUAAACUCAACACUUGGGACAAGAGCAGCAAUUCAGCCAACCGGAUCGACUUGUCAGCAGUGUGACCCAGGGUCAGCUUCCCUUCACCCUGAAAAGCCUGCCAUGUCUUUGGGGCUCAGCCCCCAACAGAGCCCCAUCCAAAUAUUCUCAUAGAUAUUGUUAGUAGGAUCCCUUCUCCUCAUCACUGUCUGGGAAAUGGAAACUGGCUGCCUUGCUUGUUGGGUAACUGGCCAUCUUCUUAUGUUCACUCUCUUGUGUUUAAUGGAGCUUACCCCUUGGCCAUCAGCAGAGUAACUCUUGCCCUGGUGUACACUGGAUAGCUUGCUUAGUGAUGAGAAGAUAGAAGGAAAGAAAAAAAGAACACAACGCGCCCCCCACAAUGCUGCUGUCUGAAGCCAGAGCUGAAUGGCUACCAUGAACGCAGGCCUCCCGAAGGCCAUGCUUCAGCUUCAGAAAGAAAAGAAUGAAGAGAAAACACUUCCUGUUGAGCAUCUGAAGUCAAAGUCUUCUUGCUUCUUUCUGCAUUCUCAGUUUGCACCUGAGGAGUUCAAUCAUCCCAGGGAUGAAUGCAAAGAAGACCAAAGGAAAGGAAAUCCAUCUGAAUGCCCCCAGGACUCUGUGCUGAGAAGAGAGAGAGAGAGAGAGAGAGAGAGAGAGAGAGAGAGGGAGGGAGAGAGAGGGAGAGAGAGAGAGCUCUGUUCAGCCUUUCAUACUGUAUUGAAGACUCAAGCACAAGGAAACUAAGACUGUUGUGUUAUCAAGAAAUGCUGGAGUUCACACAAAUGCAUGGAGUAGCUGCCCAUCCUUUGGCAGAUGAUAAAUGUAUAGGAGCUAUGAUCUAUGUAGGAUUUCAUAUGUACAUGCACAAUGUCUACACACUCACACCCAAUGGCAUUUAUGCAAACGUACUCAUAUUAUCCUCAGAUCCAUGCAAAAUUAAAGCUUGCUUCAGAAUUCAGAGGGAUGUUACCAGCUUUGACAACACCCCCUACAUUUUCCCGAUUGCCUUUCCUUCUUAGGACUAUCUGUUGACCCCAAGGUCUGCCUAGAGGUUCUGCCUCAUCAGAACUUUCCAGUUGUAGCUACCUUUAUCCAAGAGAAUAGGGGCUCCUUGAGGGCAGGAAUUGCUUCAUUUUAGUUUUUGUUAUCUAUUCCUCAGUGCCUAAUAUAGUGCCUUGCUCAAAGUAGGGGCUGAAUUAAUGUCUGUUCAUUUGAAUUACCCCAUGGAUCUCAGGGCUUAUGAGUGCCAGGUGUUGUCAGGAUAAUGGCACCCACUUCUAAAAUAACUCAGCAGCAAAUAACAGGGGAGAUAAAAUCACAGCAAAACCCCUGGGUGGUCUCCAUAGCUUGUAUUCAUGGAUGCCUUGGGAGUCUUUUGAAAUUCAUGUCAAUCUCCACCUGUGUUCUAAAGGGAAAGUGCUUGUGAGGCCAAAGAGACAGAAUGGCUUUUAUUUUAGCAUUUUCCAGUGGCUUCUGCUGCCAGCUAUGCCCCUGCCAUGAGGUUUUCCUAAACUUUUCUAACAUUGCUAUUUCUAAAGCGUACUUCCCACCAACCACCACCAGGGGUGUCUCUCACUCAUUUUUAAGAACUUUUGGGUGGGGAUAUAGUAAAUCAUUAUCAUGAGCAGAGCUUUCUAAGUUACCAUUCAG